AUGGUCGCUGAAUCCAAAGUCUAUCUUAUCACUGGUGCCAACAGAGGCAUUGGCUUUUCCCUUACCAAGUUCCUUUCCGAACGUCCCAACACUGUUGUAAUUGGUACUGCCCGUCAGCCCGAGAAAGCUCAAGAGCUUCAAGCAUUGGCUAAGGAGAAGUCCAAUGUUCAUGUUGCCAAGUAUGAUGCUGCUGGUAAGGAUGAUGCCAAGGAGCUUGCUAAACAAGUUUCCAAGAUUACCGAUGGUGUCGACGUUCUUAUUGCCAAUGCUGCUAUUUCUGACCCCAUCUCUUUCACUACUGUCAAGGAUGCUCCUGACCACACUUGGUUGGACCACCACACUAUUAAUGUCUUGGGUCCUAUUCGUUUGUACCAGGCUUUCUACGACCUUCUCAAGGCUCAUGAAACCCGUCAAAUUGUUUUUGUUUCCAGUCUUGCCGGUUCAAUCACCGGAUAUGCUGGACUCAGUUCUUCCGCAUAUGGUCAAUCCAAGGCUGCUUUGAAUUACACCAUGAAGGAAAUCAGUUUCGAGGCCAAGGAGGAUAACUUCACCGUUAUUUCUAUUCACCCCGGUGUUGUUAUGUCUGAUAUGGGAGAGGCUGCUAAGGCCAAGGUGGUUGCUGAAGCUCCUCAAUUUGCUGACUUUUUUGAGACUUUGGGCAUUACCCCUGAUGAGAGUGCCAGUGCUCAACUCAAGGUCAUUGACGCUCUCAAGCCUGAAGAUUCUGGUAAGUUUUUGACCUACCUUGGUGAGGAGACCGCUUUUUAG